CGCGCGGCUGCCGAAGGGGGCGGGCGCGCGCAGGAGGAGUAGAGGCGUAGGGGGGCGGGGGACGGCUCGCUGGCUCGCAAGAUGGCGGACGAGGACGGGGAAGGGAUUCACCCCUCAGCCCCUCACCGGAAUGGAGGCGGCGGCGGGGGGUCUGGGCUCCACUGCGCCGGGAACGGCGGCGGGGGAGGCGGCGGCCCGCGGGUCGUGCGCAUCGUCAAGUCCGAGUCCGGCUACGGCUUCAACGUGCGGGGCCAAGUGAGCGAGGGCGGGCAACUGCGGAGCAUCAACGGGGAGCUGUACGCGCCGCUGCAGCAUGUGAGCGCCGUGCUGCCCGGGGGGGCGGCCGACCGGGCCGGGGUGCGCAAGGGGGACCGCAUCCUGGAGGUGAACGGCGUGAAUGUUGAGGGGGCGACACACAAGCAGGUGGUGGACCUGAUCCGAGCAGGCGAGAAGGAAUUGAUCUUGACAGUGCUGUCUGUGCCUCCUCACGAGGCAGACAGCCUAGAUCCCAGUGACGACUCCUUGGGACAGUCAUUUUAUGAUUACACAGAAAAGCAAGCAGUGCCCAUAUCGGUCCCCACAUACAAACAUGUGGAGCAGAAUGGUGAGAAGUUUGUGGUGUACAAUGUUUACAUGGCAGGGCGGCAGCUGUGUUCUAAGCGGUACCGGGAAUUUGCCAUCCUGCACCAAAACCUGAAAAGAGAGUUUGCCAACUUUACAUUUCCUCGACUUCCAGGAAAGUGGCCAUUCUCAUUAUCAGAACAACAGCUAGAUGCCCGUCGUCGGGGCCUGGAAGAAUAUCUAGAAAAGGUGUGUUCAAUCCGAGUCAUUGGUGAGAGCGACAUCAUGCAGGAGUUCCUGUCAGAAUCUGAUGAGAAUUACAAUGGUGUGUCUGAUGUAGAACUGAGAGUAGCGUUACCGGAUGGAACAACCGUUACAGUCAGAGUUAAAAAGAACAGCACCACAGACCAAGUAUACCAGGCUGUUGCAGCAAAGGUCGGCAUGGACAGCACCACAGUGAAUUACUUUGCCUUAUUUGAAGUUAUCAAUCAUUCCUUUGUACGUAAGCUGGCACCCAAUGAAUUUCCUCAUAAACUCUACGUCCAGAAUUAUACGUCAGCUGUGCCAGGCACCUGCCUGACUAUUCGAAAGUGGCUCUUUACAACGGAAGAAGAAAUCCUCUUAAAUGACAAUGACCUUGCUGUUACUUACUUCUUUCAUCAGGCUGUUGAUGAUGUAAAGAAAGGUUACAUUAAAGCAGAGGAAAAGUCUUACCAGUUACAGAAGCUGUAUGAACAAAGGAAAAUGGUCAUGUACCUCAACAUGCUAAGGACUUGUGAGGGCUACAAUGAGAUCAUCUUCCCACACUGUGCCUGUGACUCCAGGAGGAAGGGGCAUGUUAUCACGGCCAUUAGCAUCACGCACUUUAAACUUCACGCCUGCACUGAAGAAGGGCAACUGGAGAACCAGGUAAUAGCGUUUGAAUGGGAUGAGAUGCAGCGAUGGGACACAGAUGAAGAAGGAAUGGCCUUCUGUUUUGAAUAUGCACGAGGAGAGAAGAAGCCUCGAUGGGUUAAAAUCUUCACACCAUAUUUCAAUUACAUGCAUGAGUGCUUUGAGAGGGUGUUCUGCGAGCUCAAGUGGAGAAAAGAGGAAUAUUAGUUAGAGACUGAUUAUCCUAUGUGAGCCAGGACAUUCUCCCUGCGAGGCUGGCCUCUGGAUGGUGAAUGGGCUAUGCAAAAAAGCCCUGCUACUUCCCUUGUGUAGAGGGUGGACACUGGCUGCAGGCUCUCCCAUCUCUCAUGACUUCAUGGACCCUCUUCUGCCUGUUUGUUUGAUUUUUGUUGUUGUUGUUGUUGUUUUAAUCAAAUAACCCACCAUGCUGUCCCUGACCCAGGAGAGGCCCUGCCCUGAGUUUUGGCCAUCUGUCUGGAUAAGCCUCAGUGGAGUCUGUCUUCACUAACCAGGGGCAUAUGUGGGGAAGAUUUGUUGCUACUGUUGUUUGUAAGCAUCAGUGCUGGAGCAGAGUUUAGAAGACUGUCUAAAUACUUAGAGAUGAAGAGGCACAGCCAGUCACGUGGGAGUUGGUGUCCUUGCUGUAGUAGAAAGAACACUUGGCUCUGGAAGUCAUCUGGGAUUUCUCCUGCUUCUUUUAUCUGUGAUUUUGGGCAGAGCAGCCUCCUUAGAUCUGAAGCCUCUUGUGAAACAGGAAGACCGAGCCAGGCUGUACUAUUCAGAGUCCUCUGUGCUCGCAGAGGCUGUGGUUCUGGAUGGGAAGCUCGAUGCAGUUGUCAGCCAGACUCGCAGCUACAGCUCUGUUUGAAGGUGGUUGUCUCCAGAUCAGAGGCCACACCGCUCCUGAGUAACUCUUCUUUUUUUUCCCUUUCAGAAUAUUUUCCAGAUGGCGAGGUCACAGCAGAGGGAUGUGGCCACCUAGCUUUUCCUCAUCCCUUCCCUUCUCCUUGCCCUCAUCCUCUUAGCCCUUUUGUCUCCCAUGUCAGACAGUAACCAUUAACACAAAAGAAGAAAAAAAGGAAAAAAAGUCAAUAUAUCCCAAAGUCCUAAGAUAAUAUUAUUACUAACUCCCUGUGAGUUUCACAUCUCUGGAACUGAGCUGGUAGAGAAGAGCAGGUUGGCAGUGCCAGGAGUCCACUGAGAUCAGGCAGAAAUAAGCCCAACCAACUCGCCAAAGGCACCUUUGUUGUUUUCCCUGGGCCUCAUACCAACAGACUCUCCUUGUACUAUAUUUUUAAAACUGGAACUAUGAACUCCAUCCAUUUGCACUGUUCAAGCAUAUAUAUGUAUGUAUGUAUGUAAAAAAUUAUAUAUACACAAAUUAGCUGCACGUAUAUACAUAUAUAUAUUUCUCUUUAAAUUUCAUAUUGAUGGCAGUACCUUUUUUAGCUUGUGUUUUUACACACCUUUCACUGAAUUCAUGACCUCUCUCUUGCUCUCUUUAUUUUGAAACAAACUUUAAAAAGGAAAAAAAAAAUUACAGGGAAAAUACCUCUCCUCAUGAAGGACUCGAAAAGUUUACAACCUGCUUGGGUUUUCCCCCCUUUUUGUAUCGAGUACAGUUUCUGGCUAUUGGUUUGCCAUAGAGUCUGAGGAGCAAGGAGUGAAGUGUCUAUCUUCAAGAGGGUGCUGAGGAGGAGAAAAGCUGUUUCUCAAGAGCAAUGAGACUGCAGGUCUCCAGGGAAUCUAAAAGAGCUAUGGUCUCAAUUCCAAGUCAUUUGCCUGGUCUGUUGUUCCCACUUAUGACCUACUAGUUCAUUCUGCAUCUCCUUCCUGUUUCUUUAGGGUCUUUUAUAUGCUUCCUUUCAACUCUCCCACAGCCGAGUUGAGAGUAGUGUCAGGAAGCUGCUGCCAUAGGAAACUUGUGUUCUGCGACACAGAGAGUAUUGGGGACUAGGAGAAAGCCUAGCAUCUGAGGCACAAAGGUUGGACAUGUGGAGGGAAGGAAGAAGCAAUGCCUCCUGUUUCUAAGGGUUUUGCCUCCUCCAUUCCUGUCCAGUAACCACCUAUAUUUUAUAUCUGCCAUGACUUCCUUAAACAAUUGUAUGGGGAGGGAAUGGCUUAGGUAAACUUAGAGUCUGGGUCUCUAUCAACCAAAUCAUAGCCCUAUUCAUCCCUAUUCAUGCCAACUAAGGGCCCAGGAACAAGUGGACGUAUGCUUGAUUUUGGCUGAUCUCUCCCUGUUACUUCAAAGGGGACCGAAGAGAAAUCUCUGUCAAAGAGUUCUUCAUCUGGGGCUUGGGCUGGGCCUCAGUUGGUAGAGUGCUUGCCUGGUAUGCAUAAAGCCCUAGGUUCUGUCCCCAGCACCACAUAAAUCUGCGUGUGAUAGUGCCCACCUGUAAUCUCAGCACUUAGGAGGAGAGAGCGGCAAUGUUGGAAGUUCAAACCCAUCCUCUGCUACUAAGUGAGUUCAAGGCUAUCCUGGAUUCCAUAAGACCCUGUCUCAGAAAUAGAAGAGGUUCUUGUCUGCCCUUUCAAUUAGAUUUGUAGGGCCUAAGUGCUACAUCUGGGGCACAGGCCAGGGCUGGCACUAGAGUAACAUUUUCAGACCUUGAGUUCCUGCUUCCCUACUUUACCUUCCAAAUAGAAGCCUCCACAGGCUGGCAUCCUUGACUUUAUGUAGCUGGAGGACAACUGGAAUUGGGUGUAUUUGGCAGUGUUGCAUUUGUUUUAAAGUUUUCAUACUGGUUUUCCAGAUCACUAUGAGGCCACUUUUCUGUCUAUUAUUCUGGCAGUCACUUGUCCCAGGAAGGUGUAAACCUUUUAGGAUAGCCUAGUCCUUCCCUCUCCAAAUCUGUGGGACCACAAAGAAUGGUGAGUGUUUAAAGUUGAAGAGAGUGACACUUGAUUUGAAGGCUUUAAUCCAGGAUCAACUCUUCCUUUUGGCUUUAAUAAUGAGUCUGAGUACCUUAAAAGUAGAUGCAUUAAUUUCCACUCCAAGAUGCAUUGGAGGCCAUCUUUGUUCACACUGUAAAAAAUAGCAACAGUGUGCUUCUAUUCCCUUGGCAGGAAAGGUAUGAAGGAGUCUACUCAACAGCCUUCCAGAGUGAGACAGGUCUUUCUGGAGGCCCAAAGAAUGAGCCCCAAAGCUGUUAGCCUGAUAACAGAAUCUGUAUAGGAGCAGCCUACUUGAAGUAGUCUCACAGCUGCAGCAAUUAAGUGGGAAGGGGAGACCCAGAAGACUCACAGUGGGACUCCAGUCAUGGAGGCAGAGGUCACUGUGCCUAGAGGCCCACAGGAUCAAGCCCCUUUGCAUGAAGCAGUGUUAGGUUAACUCUAUUCCAUCCCCCAUUUCCCCUACACUUCCUUUCUCCAGUCCCUAAUGUGUUUCUUAGUCCUGCCUUCUUUCUGCCCAGGCUGGCAUCUACCCAGUCUUGUUUUGCUGUUUGUCUCUGAGAAAGGGAACCCCUCUCCCCAGCUUUACCCCAGCAGGAUCUUCCUGGUCUCCUAUUGUCCAACCAUGUUGAGUUUCUAGUCUCCAAAACAAAAAUUGACGUGAUUUUUAUGGACCCUGAGAAACCUGGCCUUGUAGGAAGCUUUGCUUAAGCAGUGCUUUGAGCUUGCUGCUCUUUGUAUUUUUAUCCUCGUCUCCAUUUUUCUGCCCAUGCUGAAGCCUAAGCUCAGCACAGCUACAGAUGUACUAGUGCUCAGGGCAGCUCCGAGGCCUGGACAGAGCUCUCAGGGAGGGACAAGAUAAAUAUUCCAGCAUCCUCUUGCCUGGCCCAUAGUUUUAUCCUUAGUUUCGUGGGCCAGCAGCUUUGAGUUACCCCUUUUAUAGCUCCAAAUCCGAUGUGUGGGGCAGCAAAGUAGGGCACUGAUAAGAGGGGACCCCUCUCUCAUCUCAGAAUUUCCAGCUGAAGGGCCAGCUCCUAGAAAGCAGUUUUCUUAAAGGGACCUGAAGUCUCCAGGACUGGAGGACCGCCCUGCUCUCCUGUCCGUUAUGGUGUCUGGGGGGAUGACCUCAGCACACUGCUCUCCUUCACCAGUUUUAUGGAUUACUUUAACUUCUAUUUGGAUAAGGGAGAGUGUGGCCAAGUACUCAGAGCUAGUGAGAGGGAGAAUGCCUCUUUAGGCCUCCACCUUGGGUUCCUCUUGCUCUAACCCUGAGUGCGUCUGCCAGACCUCCUUUACCUAGACAGCAGCAGCUCCUCAGCAGUAACUGAGGGUGUACAGAAACCGGACUCUGGGGAGGAACACGACUGAAGAGGGACUGACAUUGGUAGGAGCACUUGGCCAGCUGCUAAACAUGGGUGCCAACUAGAUGUCAUGCCCCCUUUUAAGCCAGUGAGCUGGGCUUCACUUUUCCCCAGGCCAUGCAUCCUUUUAAUUUAUUUGAGAGAAACUCUAAUUGUAUUUUCACUGCAGUAUCUUGUGUUUUUAUUUGUGAUCUAUGAAAUGUGAAGAGACAAUGCAGAGACCACACUGGCUCCGGUGUCCUCCAGCCCCUGCUCUAGAGCUAACCACUCUAAGAUUGUUUGGUAAUGUCACUUAGUGUAAUUAAUUGUAACAUAUUCUUUUAAAUAAAUUGAUUUAUUGAUGAAACAA